CGAUUGCGCGACGCACACUUUUUUUAAACCCCGGCUCGCUGGAUAUAGUCAGAAGGACUCGGGGAGAACAAAUAUUGGAUUCUUUUCCUGCUCGCUACCUCAUUCGAUGAAGAAGAUGCAGAUGCAUCGUUCAGAACUCGGCAGGGUUCGAAUUGCAUCAUAUCAAGUUCACCGAAAGGAGCUAGCUUUGAAUGGUGGCUCGCUAUCCCGAAACUCCGCACAGCUCUCUCCUCCAGCACCGUCGAUUGCAUGUGCUCACGAUGCCUCCUCCUCACUUGACGCCGAGUCUCAUAGCUGCUCAGUCUCGCUUUAUCUCGGAGUCCAAAGCCCGCAUAGGCAAGUGCGUGACGUUUGGCUGCUCCACCUCCAAACAGCUUGCCGAACUCUCUUUCGUGCUCCGACAAGUUACUUGGAAUUGGAGACGCUACGUCGUGGGAAGAGAAGGCUAUAUCACAAACAAGGACGAUGUAGGGCUGUUCAGGCAGAAGGUUGCAUGGGGAGAUCACGAUCAAAUGGGCCAUGUGAACAACGUACGGUAUAACUUCUGGGCGGAGACGGCACGGAUCAAUUGGGCAAGGAACAUAGCGCUGCGCGCAGACCCGGCCCAUAGAAAACAGUGGGAGGAGCUAUGGACGCCGCGGGGCAUUGGCCUUAUACUUCGGAGCAUAAAGACGGACUAUAAGUUCCCAUUGCGUUAUCCCGAUCGCAUCACGGUAUGCCAUAAGCUCAUGAAGCAACCGACGGAAGGCAUGGACGCGCUUCACCUGGAAGCCGUUGUUCUGUCGGAGACGCACCAGAGGGUUGCAGCUCGAAUUACGGAGGACAUCGUGGUGUACGAUUAUCGGACGGGAAAGAAGACGCCGUUGCCAUCGUUCAUGGUCGAGACGCUGUCACAGCUUUGGUCGCAGCAGGAGAGGACAAUCGAGGCCGCUAUGAGUGAUAUUUACGGUUUGCAGAGGUUGAUCAAGAAGAUUGAGAAACAGACCUGGGACCGACAUGACGCAGUAGAGGAUCUUGGAUCAGCAAUGGGUAGCCCGGAGGCACUAAACGAAAAUACGCAGGGCAAGGAUGUGACGCCUGACGUUGGGUCAAGUUUCGGCGCAGGAACUGAAGAGCGUGGACAGAUGUGAACGUCUGUUGGCCAAAGCUUACUGGAGUUCGAAAUCUCAGAGCCCACCAGAUGAGACUUGAAGCGCCACACUGUGAUCGAUCUUCUGGCGGCCAUAAUCACGUUUGUGCGAUGCGAGACAUCGAUUGCAGCAUAACCUUUUGGAAGUAUUCUCUCUAGGGAUACAUCUCUUGCUAAAAACGAAAUGGAAAUUCCGUGAUACAUUAAUGAGCACUGCACAAGCUCCGCAUCCCGAAAUUUCCCUUCAUCAGCUGCGUUCUAAACGAGCCCUAAUGGUCAAUAAGCCAGUUGGGCAAUGGGCGGAUGAUGGGCGCCUAUGCUGAAGAACCACAACGUAAGCGUAGGGUGGUACUACACCUGUUACAUGGCACGAAGCUUCACAUCUGUACUAGGCAAGCAAAGUUUUGGCGAUGCAACAAGUUGGGUACGUAAAGAUAAAAAUUUAUUUCUGCAAAUCUCCA